AGCAGAGAAAUGGACAACAGCACAGUAGUGACAGAAUUCAUCCUGAUGGGUCUUUCUGAUCUUCCGGCCAUCCGCUUCUCCUUGUUUGCUGUUUUUUUGCUCAUCUAUACUAUUACAUUGGUGGGAAAUGGUACCAUCCUUCUCGCCAUUGCAACUGACUCUCAUUUGCACACCCCCAUGUACUUCUUCCUUACCAACCUCUCCUUGCUGGACAUCUUCUGUCCCACAGCCACGGUGCCUAAAAUGCUGGAGAGCCUCUUGUUGGAGAAAAAAACCAUUUCCUUUGUUGGCUGCAUUCUGCAGCUCUACUUCCUAGUAGCCCUGGCAGGGACAGAGGUCUUCCUUUUGGCUGUCAUGGCAUAUGACCGCUACGUGGCCAUAUGUAACCCCUUGCGCUAUACACUCAUCAUGAGCAAGAAGCUCUGCCUUCAGAUGGUGGCCGGCACGUGGAUCACUGGGUUCCUCAACUCUUUGCUACACACAGUGUUGACCUUCAUCUUACCUUAUUGCAGGUCCAAUAGAGUCAAUCAGUACUAUUGUGACAUCCCACCUGUGCUGGCUCUCUCUUGUGCUUCCACCUACUUGGCUGAGAUGGUUGUUCUUAUUGUUGGGGGCAUUUUUGGUAUGGGGGCUUUCCUGGUCACCUUGGUCUCCUACGUCUAUAUCAUCUCCACCAUAGUGAAGAUCCGCUCUGCAGAGGGGAAGCGCAAAGCCUUCUCUACCUGUGCCUCUCACCUCAUGGUGGUGUGCCUCUUCUAUGGGACCACCAUCUUCACUUACAUACGGCCUUCUUCCAGCCACCACCCGGACCAGGAUAGGCUGGUGAGCAUGCUGUAUGGGGUAAUUACCCCCAUGUUGAACCCCUUGAUCUAUAGCCUUAGGAACAAAGAAGUGAAAGGGGCCUUAAACAGGGUGAUAGUGGGAUGGGGAAAGAGUAUCCUAGAGAGAGCUAGAUGUUCUUUACAUUGA